AAUUAAUCAAAAACGGUCUGAUGAGUGACCAUUUAAUUAGUUGCAAUAAUUCAGCUGUUGUGAUAGCCUCAGUGUUAAUAUGGCGUCCAUUGUUCAACUAUUUAUCGCUAUCUUUGUAUUUACUCUCAUGCAAACGCAAGUCUAUGCCACGUACGUGAGUUCAGACCGCUGUGUCGAUGACAUAGUGAGACGAGUCAAAGAAAAUCAUAAGGAAUUGGCGACGGACUUCUGCUUGUCAAAUGAAGUUGCCAAUAAUUCACUACGGGAUAUUUGCACCUAUUAUGUUCAGGAUAGUAUUCAUAAAGUUUUGCAUGCUGUAAACGGAGUGGCUUGUUUGACUGAAGUGGAAAUACCCACCACUAGCGAAUUAGAACGCGGCAUCUACGUCGCUUACGUUACAAUUCUAAGACAGUUAUCAAUUUACGACGCAACGGCCAUGAUUCCCAAUUCUUUUGGUCAAUUGAAUGAUCGUGUUGUUGGUAGCACUGAAGCAUUUUUUUCGAGCACAGCGAGCAAGGUAGCCGGACUAUGCCUUCACAAGAAUGUAGCAGACAUCGAAUAACAAUCAAUUUUCAUCUUUAUCAAACCAUAACACGAAUUUAAUUGAAUUGCAAAAAUAAAACGUUUCGUCGA